AUGAACCGCGCUUUGCAACUGUUCCGUCCACAACUGAGUUCCGUUCGGCUAAGCUCGAGCCUCACCAAAGCACCAGCUCCGAGCGAAAUCACAAAAGAGAAUGCAAAGUUUGAUGAGGUCACACAUACAGGACAGGCUUGGGAUCAAGCCGACUAUCGCCUACAACGAUUUGACAUCUCGAAAAAACAGGUCAACCCGAAUAUUGCUAUGCAUUUAAUCGCUGAACGUCCCCCAAAGGAUUGUGGUAAUGAACGUAUCGUAACGUGUGAUGGAGGACAUCCUGCUCUUGGUCAUCCACGUGUUUUCAUCAAUCUUGACAAACCUGGAGUUCACGCAUGUGGCUACUGUGGGAACCGUUUCUACAACUCACAUGUUACGAAAGGGGACGAUAUGAACAUCCACCAUUUGAACUGCUAA